UUGACGAACUGUUUUAUGGAUGAAGAUGAGCCGCCUGUAAUUGUCUGUUUCAUAUGUCAUGCAAGACUCAUUCGAUGCAGAACAUUACAACAACAGGCUAUUGAGUCAAAUGCAGUUCUGGAGCAGUUGCUUGUAGGAGGGUCCAUGUCAAUACCAAAACCGCAUGAGACUAGAGAUGAGAUUCAAUUCACACCAAUUAAUCAUAUAGAUAUCUGGCCAGUAGAGUGUGAUAUAGAAAAAGAUUUUAAGGAUGACUUUUUUAGCCUUGAAUCUGUUAAAGUUGAGGAAGAGAAAAUCGAAAAUGAAAAUUUUAAAUUUGAAGUUGGCUGGAGUCAUGAAAUAGAACAACCCUUUACUGGGUAG